AUGAGCAUUUUGGCACAGGUACCGUCCAGACCAGCGAUGCAACGCUUGGUGGACUUUUACCAUCUCAAGUCCGCUGACCAUCGAGGGCGGGACUUGGAACACAUCUUGAAAUGGAGCGACAGGGAGCUUGAGAGUUGCCACGACUACGUCCAGACGCUCUUUCCGCUGCCUGAAGGUUCUCUAUUCGCCCACGCCCCAAUCAUCGACGAGGAGACGUACCUCUACUGGCGAGAGCAUGAAGACCUGAAGCGCAAUCUACGACGUGCCUUUGAUCGCAUGUUGGUCUUCUAUGGCCUCGAGUGGGAGCAAGGAGACAAUGGACCGACAGGAAAAAUCAUAGAAAAGGAAGGCGCCAAGGGUAACCUCAGCAAUUGGGUUGUGCCCAUGGACCACAACCAUCUUCGCAUCACCCGCAUUAUAAGAAGCCUUCGCAUCCUCGGUCUUGACGAUGAGGCGAAAGCCUACCAUGAUGCGCUCGAUGCCAUCUGUAACAAAUACGGAAAGGUCGGCUCAACAAGCCGUACCUUCUGGAAGCGGGCCUUAACACAACCUCUACACAUUGCACCCGACGGAACGCAAGUUGCAUGGCUUAAGAAGUACGAGCCCUGA